AUGAGGCGGCAAACGGAUCUUGUGGUCUCAUGUGGAGAAGUGCUAAAAGCAAAGUCGCAUGUUGUGGUCUACACCAAGGAGCGGGAUGAAGAUGAAGAAAGUGUUGGCUCUUCAUAUCACGUUACUGUACAAGAUGAAAGGGAUACUUUAUCUCCAAUAAGGGUUGGUGAAGAGUUAGAGGCCCUUGAUGAGAAAAGGCUGGAAGCUCAGCAAAGCCUUGAAUGUUAUCAAGCUCGUCUUUCCCGUGCUUUCAAUAAAAAGGUUCGCCUGAGGUCCUUCCAAGUUGGUGAUCAAGUCCUGGCGGUAAGAAGACCUAUUAUCAUAUCUCAUAAAUCUGGAAGCAAGUUCACUUCAAAGUGGGAUGGGCCAUAUGUUGUCCAAGAAGCCUAUACAAGUGGUGCUUACAAGCUUAUAGAUACAGAUGGCUUGCAUAUCGGUACUAUCAAUGGAAAAUUCUUGAAGAUGUACUAUUCUUGA